CCAUGGACCACCACCCACUGUCGCGCACGGCGUCGACCGAGAGCACGACGGCGCCGGCGACGGCCUCCUGGCAGCCGUCCAGCGGGCGCAAGGCGCGGGCCAGCGAGCCGCAGGCCGGCACCGAGAGCAUCGAGGUCAAGCUGAGCCCGCUGGGGUCGGCCGCGCUCGCGCCCAUGCGGCCGGCGGGACUGACAGCGCGACGGCCGUCGCGGGCGUCGGACAGCCUCAGGGACUACUUUGGCCGCAGCAGCAUGGGCGGCUCUGCGAUCGACGAGGAGGACAGGGACGCCGACGCAACGCCCCUAGCGGGCUUGUCGGGGGCUAGGAGGUCUGACGUCGACGCGGAAAAGCGGAUGUCGUUCUCGUCGCUGUACAGCAUCGGCUCGGCCCUCUACGCCAACUCCCGCGGCCACUCGUGGAGCGCACGCAGUUCGAUCGUGGGCAGCGAACCCGACGCCAAAAUGUCGUCCGACCCCCACAGCACCGCCAGCGCCGCCGGCGCCGGCACCACCGCCACGAACACCCUGUCCGUGACUACCCACAGCCAGCACGGCUCGCUGGGCCCCAAGCUGUCGCCGACCCAACUGCUCUUCCCCGUCGACCCGUCUGCUGCUGCCGCCGCCACCGCCGCCGCCGCUGCCUCGCCGCUCAGCACCUCCCCCGCCAAUGCAGCACCCAAUGCAGCACCCAAUGCCGCGCCCAAUGCCGCGCCCAAUGCCGCCAACGCCGUCCCGCGCCGCUCGCGCUCGCGCACCACCCACCGCCGCGUCAGCGGCAGCACCGCCGCCAGCAGCAGCCCCGCCAGCAUCAACAUGCGCGAGCCCAAGAAGCCCACCAAGGGCAUCAUCGGCGUGUGCGCCCUGGAGAGCAAGGCCCGCAGCAAGCCCGCCCGCAACAUCUUCGGCAAGCUGGUCGACGACUUCGACGUCAAGAUCUUCGGCGACAAGAUCAUCCUGGACGAGGACGUUGCCAACUGGCCCGUGUGCGACUUCCUGAUCUCCUUCUUCUCCGACGGCUUCCCGCUGGACAAGGCCAUUGCCUACGUGCGCCUGCGCAAGCCCUUCUGCGUCAACGACCUGCCCAUGCAGCAGGUGCUGUGGGACCGCCGCCUGUGCCUGUCCAUCCUCGACAAGCUCAACGUCCCCACCCCGAAGCGCAUCGAGGUCAACCGCGACGGCGGCCCCAAGCUGCCCUCGCCCGAGUUUGCCCGCCAGCUGGCCGAGCGCACCGGCGUCACCCUGUCUGGCGCCAGUGAUGGCACUGGCGGCGGCCUGGCCCCGCCCAAGAAGAUCGACCUGAUGGACGAGGGCGACACCAUCUUCGUCGACGGCCAGACCCUGACCAAGCCCUUUGUCGAGAAGCCCGUCAGCGGCGAGGACCACAACAUCCACAUCUACUUCCACAGCAAGGACGGCGGCGGCGGCCGCCGCCUGUUCCGCAAGAUCAACAACAAGAGCUCCGAAAAGGACGACAGCCUGCUCACCCCGCGCUCCAUCACCGAGCCCGAGUCCAGCUACAUCUACGAGCAGUUUCUGCAGGUCGAGAACGCCGAGGACGUCAAGGCCUACACCGUCGGCCCGCAGUUCUGCCACGCCGAGACGAGGAAGUCGCCCGUCGUCGACGGCCUUGUUAAGCGCAAUCCCAGCGGUAAGGAAGUUCGUUAUGUGACCAAGCUCAGUGAAACAGAGGCUGCCAUGGCCGCCAGGAUCUCCGAGGGCUUCGGCCAGCGCGUGUGCGGCUUCGACCUGCUGCGCGCCGGCGACCAGAGCUACGUCAUCGACGUCAACGGCUGGAGCUUCGUCAAAGACAACGGCGACUACUACGACAAGGCAGCAAACAUCCUGCGCGACAUGUUCCUGGGCGAAAUCGCACGCAAGCAGCGCAAGGAUGCCGCCCAGAGCGCCGCCGUCGAUGCCCAGGGAGGAUCCGACAAGGCCGAUUCGAGAAAGAGUAUUUCAAGCCACCGCCAGGCGUUGAAGGGGUUGUUCAAGAGUCCUAGUAUGUCAAGAAUGGGGGAUCACCACCGCCACCACCAUCUCCCCCACAUGCGGCAGGCUAGCACUAUGCCUUCUUCUCCUGAGACCUCGCUAAGUACCACCCCCAUUGCAGCUAGUCCCAGUUUCGAGAAGCCCGAUCCCACGGCCGUCUUCAGCCCUCCCACAGUCGGCACCAUACCGCCUGCCCCAGCCUCCGAGCCAGAUCUCUUGCCUCCGCCUGCCGUGCGCGACGAUGAAUACGCCCUCGAGGAGCCAGAGAGAUCCAUGUCCGAAGACGCCCAGAUUCCCGUGCCCCCGCCGGCCUCGAAAGCGCAGUGGAAACUCAAGGGUGUUGUGUCUGUCAUCCGGCACGCCGACCGUACACCGAAGCAGAAGUUCAAGUACACGUUCCACGCGCAGCCGUUUGUGGAUCUGCUCAAGGGACACCAGGCCGAGGUGCUGUUGAUUGGCGAGCCGGCAUUGCAGAGCGUCAGCGAUGCAGUCAAGGUCGCCCUUGAUGAGAAGCUCGAGGAUCCGAAAAAGCUGCGCGAGCUACAGCUCUAUCUCCAGAAGAAGGGCCCCUGGCCGGGCACAAAGGUGCAGAUCAAGCCCAUGUUCCGAAAGAGGAGGAAGGACGAGCUGUUGCCAGGCGAGUCGCUGCCGGAAGAGUCUCCCGAAAGGCAACGACAAGGCUCGACAUCCAGUGUCCUCCGGGACGCCGGUAAUGAAAGCAGCAACGAGAACGAUCCCGAGCGCCUGAAGAACAGGAGUGACUCCAUGUCUGGCGUGACCCUGUCCCGCAUCACCGCGCAGGACAACAACAUGGUGCUUGACAAGCUGCAGUUGAUCAUCAAAUGGGGAGGCGAGCCGACUCACUCAGCCCGCCACCAGACUCAGGAUAUGGGUGCCAACUUGCGAAACGAUCUUCUCCUGAUGAACCGUGAUGUCCUCGAUGAGGUGCACAUCUUCAGCAGCUCAGAGCGCAGAGUCACCACGAGUGCGCAGAUCUUCGGAGCCUCGUUCCUCGAGAAGGAUCAAUAUCCUGCAGAGCAGAUCCACGUUCGCAAGGACUUGUUGGACGACUCGAACGCCGCAAAGGAUGUUAUGGACAAGGUCAAGAAGAGGCUCAAGACGCUGCUGCGCGCUGGCGACAAGGCGCCACCGCAGUUUGCAUGGCCCAAGGACGUUGCAGAGCCAUACAUUGUUGUUCGACAGGUCGUGGCUCUGAUGAAGUUCCACCAGCGUGUGAUGAACCACAACUUCAAGAAGAUUGAGUCUGAAGCCAUCUCGUCGCUCAACGCUCUCAAUUCACCACCGGCUGCCGACGGUACUCCAGGACAGUCCAAGUACACCAACGUCAACCACAUCCAGUCGCGAUGGUGCUGCAACGAGGGCCCGGAGUUGUUCAAGGAGCGCUGGGAGAAGCUCUUCAAGGAAUUCAAGGAUGCCGAUAAGGUCGAUCCUAGCAAGAUCUCUGAGCUCUACGACACUAUGAAAUUCGACGCCCUUCACAACCGGCCGUUCCUCGAGUGGGUCUUCACGCCAGACGACACUUUCAUCGACGAAUAUGCAAUCGUGGACAGCGUUAAGCCGAAGACGUCAGAGGAGCCAGAGGCAAAGGAAGGCUCCGAGAAGCACCACGAACGUGGCAGCAUUGCCCGCCGCAUGGGGUUCAGACGCCCGUCGGAGGUCGCCUUGAAGCCUGCUGCUCCACCGUCCUACGUCAACGAGUCAUACUUCAAGCUCUACACCGGCAUGGGCAAUGCUGCGUCCAAGGCGCAGAUGGACGCGCGUCUGGUGAAGCUCCGUGAGAUGUAUCAUCUAUGCAAGGUCCUGUUCGACUACAUUGGUCCACAAGAAUACGGCAUCGAAUCGGAAGAGAAGCUGGAGAUUGGCCUGCUGACCUCACUGCCCCUACUCAAGGAAAUCGUCGGCGACCUCGAAGAACUGCAAGCCUCGGAUACGCCCAAGUGCUUCUUUUACUUCACCAAGGAGUCCCACAUCUACACGCUGCUCAACUGUAUCCUCGAGGGCGGCAUCAAGACCAAGAUCGAGCGCAAUGCCAUCCCCGAGCUCGACUAUCUCUCCCAGAUCAACUUCGAGCUGUACGAGUCGGAAAAUGCAAGCACAGACGAUAACCCCCACACAUUCAACUAUAGCAUCCGAAUUACCCUGUCGCCGGGCUGCCACGCCUUCGCUCCGCUCGACGUCCAGCUCGACUCGCGCCACAUGAUAGGCUUCUCCCCGCGCCGCGGUCUUACCGCGCACCAGGACUGGAAGGAGGUGCUUGAGACGCUUCGGGCCAAAUUUCACACCGUCAAGCUCCCCAAAUCUUUCGUCGCCAUCGAUCUCUCCGAGAAAGAAGCGUUUGAACGCCGCUCCAACGGCGCCGGGAACGGAAACGGAAACGGAAUCGGAAAUGGACUUGGAAAUGGUGUGGGAACCACUGCUGCCAAGAAGGAAAAUGUCGAUCCUGAAACGGCCGAGCGUGGAAGGAGCGAGGAGCGUAGGGCGGAGACUAGCAAGGACGUGCCCCAAGUGUAGGCUCGCUGGACGGCGAGAUGGCGUGCACAGGCCGGUACGGGGCGUUUGCAGACAUGGUAGAAGGUUCACCCGGGAGUUUGUUUUUGCAAGGCUAGACGGGCACGGGCAUGGGUACGGUGUGGUUCUACAUGGUUCUGCGUCGCGAGACAAUGGUGUGAGAUGGUACAUAGAUUCGUUAUAGACUAAGCCACGCUUGAAUUUUUAGCCUACCGGGUAGAACGGGGGGUGGAUGCUUGUGUUGUACGCUAGUUUUUAUGGUGUCUUGCAAGAUUAGCGGAAUGUGUGAUGCACAGCACAGCGAGAAGUGAGGCUACUGCAUCCAGGCACAUGUGACUAGCUGCUGAGGUGGAUGCAGCA